AUGUCGAAUACCUUCAUUGGACUCACCAUGCUGGUAACGCUCAGUGCGCCACCCGGUGCCCAGCUGCGAGGAGUGGUCAUAACAUGUCCAGCAAACGGCAAGUUCGUUCCCGAGUUUACCAUCAACGCUUCGGAGAUCGUCGAGCUCGUCGAGGCCACGAACGAGAACGCGCAGCUCCCCCGCCAACCACCUCCUCGCCCCACUCCCGCAGCUGCCCCCGAGCUCAAGACAUUCGAGGAUCCUGCUAUUUUGAGCAUGAGCAAGAUACCGGCUGGAACUACGCCUGCGAAUAGCCAGAGGCCGAGUAUACCUGCGCAAUGGAGCGCUAAGUCUACGGAGCCGGAUGACUCGGCGCGGACGGCGACGGGUAGGGAGAGCAGGCCGAAGGCGUUGCGGGAACUUACGCCUGCUGCGACGUUGGUGGAACCGAUGCAGAAGAUGCGUGUGAAGGUUAAGCCGCACGAUGACGACGUUGUUGCCAUACCGGUGAUUGAGGAGCUGGACGGCGAGGCGGAGAUUGUUCCUGAGCAGCCGGUCGCGAAGGCGAGGACGCGUAGGGGUAGGAAGAACCGCAAGCCGCGUGAGGAGGUGGUGGAUGAGAAUACUAAUUCCAAGGGCUGGAGACAGACGCCGCUGUUGGAGCCAACGACCAGUUUUCAGCCGUUUGCUACGCUAAAACGGAAGAAUCGGCUGAAGGGCGGCAAGGUGGAGGAGAGUGGUUGGGCGACGGAGGACGCUACUGAUGUACAAGAGAUGGGCGAUUUCGACUUCGUGGGCAGCCUGGCGAAAUUUGAUAAACAUACUGUUUUUAACCAGAUCCAGGCGGAAGACAGUAUCGCCGAAGAGGAUCGGCUGGUAUCGCACAACAGGCUGCCGAAAGCGAAACCGGGGACGGCUGGUGGGAAGAAUCUUCAUUAUACGGAGAACGUUCUAGAGGCUCCUAUUGGAGGGGUCAAAUCUACGGCGUGGAAGAGUGAAGCUGGGGAGAGUGGGGAGGAGAGGGCAAGCCAAUUGGGAUCUGGAAGUGGGAGACGCUCUCGUAGAACCGAGCGGGUGGAGAGGGCUGAGAGCAAGUUUUCGUUGAGUCGGCGACCAGUCUCUCGUAAGGGUAGUGUUGUUAACCAUCCUGCUCGCUCUGUGUCGAUUCCGAUAGCUGCUGCAAAGCCUUCUUUCUUCCUUGUUCCGUCCAAUGGUCGAUGCGAGACCAUAUCAGCUCUGCAGAUGCUCAACCUUGAGAACAUCGCGGACCACGAACUUGGCCUCUCAGAAGAGAUGAUGACAGAGAACGCUGGUCGAGGAAUCGCCGAAGUUGCUCUGUCUGCACUGAACAUCGGUGGUCGAGGUCUAACCCAAGGCAAGACUAGUAUUGUACCGACGAUCGUAGUAUUUGCCGGAAACAGCAAAAGCGGACUCCGGGCAGUCGCGGCGGGUCGACAAAUUCGAAACCACGGUUUCAAUGUUAUCGUCUGCGUCCUCGGACUAGAGCGGGAAACUGAGCUUCUUGUCGGCUUGAGACGUCAAAUCAAGGUUUUCCGGGGCUUUGGAGGCAAGAUCCUCACCAAGAUCGAGCUUCUGGAGUACGUCAAGACUCUCGAAUCGCCUCUUGAACUCAUCAUCGAUGGUCUGCUUGGUCUAACUAUCUCAUUCGAGGAAUUAAGAACAGGCGAUCAAGCUUCAGCAUAUGAACUCAUUGCCUGGGCAAAUCGCAGCACAGCUCGUGUUUUGGCAAUCGAUGUCCCUACAGGUGUUGACCCUACAUCUGGCAAGGUCAGCAUCGUCGACGGCCGCCAACUAUACAUCCAUGCCGAUUUCGUCGUCUCGAUGGGCGCUCCUAAGAAGGGACUUCUAGAGGCAAUGUCGCUGGGCGAAGGCAUCGCUGAUGAAGAUAGCACAGGCUGGCAGCUCUUCGUUGCUGACAUUGGUCUUGGACCUGCGGCAUGGAAGAAAGGCGGUACGAGGGUGAGGAAGGGAGUGGAGUUUGAAGGUAGCUGGGUUCUGCAGAUGCGGUUCCAGGGUGGUGGGGAGUAG